AUGUAUUUCUUUGAAUUAUUUUCUCAUGCGGAUCGAUUUCCAUAUCGUACAUAUUUAUUUUCAAGUGCAACAUAUGUUUUUAUUUCAUUUACAGCAUUAACAUUAUUACCACCAUUUUUAUUAACAUAUUAUACAGGUGAUUUUUGGAUAAAAGAAUCUAUUUAUAGUGAACAACCACGUAUUCAUAAUCAAACAAAAUAUAUUCUUAUAGCUGAAAAUAAUGAUGCGACUAAUAAUCAAUUUUUUCUAUCAUCUUAUUCAACAUUAAAUAGAAAUUUUCAAGAAAGUCUUAUUCCAGGAAAUACAAUUGAAUCAUUAUAUGAUGUUGAUGGUGAUGGUUUAAUGGAUCAAUUUCGUAUUUCAUUUGAUUUAAUAUUUGCACAAUCUAAUACUGUCAUACGUAGUAUUAAUAUUUGGUUAAUAUUUCAAUAUGAAUUACGUGAAAAACAACGUAUUAAUAUGGAAACAAUGGCACUGAUAAAUAUUGUUCCACCUUCUAUACUUACUUCUAAUUCAAAUGCAAAUCUAACUAUUUAUGGUCAAUUAAUUUUUAAUCAACGACAAGCGAUAAAAAGUUCUGGUAAUGAUUCAAUAUAUGAUAAAUCAAUAAUUGAUACAAGUUCAUCAUCAAUACUUGAUCUUAAUUCUAUUCUUCGUGAAUAUUUUGCAAGAAAAUAUUAUACAUCAUAUCAAACACAAUAUACAUGGACAACACCCCGAACAACAACAACCAGUACUAGUAAUAUAUUAACAGUUAAUGUUCUUGUUAAUAUUGGAAGACAAUCAAUUCGAUUUACACCUGGAUUUUGGCAAGAUUUUAAAUGGGGUUGGAUACAAUAUAUAUGUGUACUUGUACCAUUCAUAAUGGUAUUUAAUCGAUUAAAAUUAUUUGUUUUUUCAAAUAAUCUUGUACGAACAUUAGCUCCACCAUCAUAUCAUCCACAUCAAAUGUAG